AUGAUGUUCUUUUCACUCAUAACAGCAGCGGCGUCGGUGCUUCUCUGCUCCGUGUCUGCUCAAGGUACCAGCUCUGUCUCCCCGCAGAGCAGCACCUCAGUUUAUGCCCGACCUGAUGUGCCAACGGGCACUCCCAUUCCCGGAAAUUACACGGGCCCCUUACGGCCACAGAUUCACUUCUCCCCUCCGCAGAACUUCAUGAACGAUCCCAAUGGCUUGUUCGUGGAUGCCAAUGGAACAUGGCACCUAUAUUACCAGUAUAACCCUAGUUCGCCGGUCCCGGGUGAUCAACACUGGGGCCAUGCAACGAGCGAGGACCUGUAUCAUUGGGUCAACCAGCCGAUUGCUAUUUACCGACCCAACGACGCUGAAUACGUCUACAGUGGCUCCGCCGUUAUAGACCUCAACAACACGUCCGGCUUCUUCCCUGAUCAAGACAACGGCGUAGUCGCUAUCUACACCCUUGCGUCCUACCCGUAUACAGGGGCCAUACAGACGCAGAACAUUGCAUAUAGCCGAGACGGCGGAUACACGUUCACUCCAUACGAAGGAAACCCGGUCAUCCCAAGCAAUCUUCCUCAUUUUCGUGAUCCAAAAGUAAUUUGGUAUGAGGAUCACUGGGUGAUGGUGGUUGCGUUCGCCACGGAAUUCUCCAUCGGGAUCUACACCUCGCCUAAUCUGAUAAACUGGACAUUCGCAUCCAAUUUUUCAUACCACGGCCUGCUAGGCUACCAAUACGAAUGCCCCAGUCUACAGACGGUGCCCAUGGAGGGCACAGACGAGGUCAUGUGGCUCAUGUUCCUUUCUAUCAAUCCUGGGGCACCUCUCGGCGGCUCCAUCUCCCAGUACUUCCCAGGCUAUUUCAACGGCACGCACUUUGAGGCCGUCGACCCCGUGGCCCGCAUUGCCGACUUCGGCAAAGACAACUACGCCGGCCAAUUCUUUUACGGCACGCCCGCGAACGAAGCGGUCAGCAUCGCGUGGGCGAGCAACUGGCAAUACACCGGACUCACGCCCUCUGGCUCCUCUGAAGGUUGGAGGAGCAGCAUGUCCCUUCCCCGGCGUAACUACCUCGCGAACGCCACCCGCAUUGGCUGGGUGCUAGUCUCGGAGCCGUACGACCUCACCCCCGUUCUGGGCCGUGAGCUAGCCGCCAACGACUCCCUCGGCAAUGGUACUGUUCUAGUGGACUACUCCUCGGUUUACAGCAACGCGGUCUAUUUCGAGGUAAACGUGACCGAUAUCCCCCGGGCCAACGUCUCCGGGUCCGCCACCCUCAAUUUCACAUUUCUAUCGCUCGACACCGGAGAGUCUGUGCUAGGCGGCUUCUACUUCGGAGGCGACAACCCGUUCUUCCUCGACCGCGGGAACACGCGCGGGUUCGACAACGUCUUCUAUACGGACAAGUUCAGCACCGUCAGCAUCCCCAAUGGCACCUGGUCGCUCUCUGGUGUCAUCGAUCGCUCUAUCCUCGAGGUCUUCAUCAAUGGCGGCGAGCAUUCCGCGACUAUCACGUUCUUCCCCACGCAGCCGCUCACGGUCAUGGCGUUGAGCACCGUGGACCUGCCGCCGGAUACGGGGGUUAGUGUUGCGGUGUAUGCGAUUGAGAGCGCGUGGCAGCAGUAUGAGAAUGAGAAUGGGACUGUGGUGGGCAACGUGACCGAAAGCACUCCUGCAAGGAGGUUUUCGAAGAGGUAUGCGGGGUAUGGAGGAUAA